UCCAGCGGCACAGCGCUGGGUCAGAAGCUAUAUCCAGCUGCUGGCAGAGUUUCUGUGAAGGGAUCAGGUCUUCUAACAGAAUGGCAUGGAAUGCAACUUGCAAAAAUUGGCUGGCAGCAGAGGCUGCCCUGGAAAAGUACUACCUUUCCAUUUUUUAUGGAAUGGAGUUCAUUGUGGGAAUCCUGGGAAAUACGAUCGUUGUUUAUGGCUACAUAUUCUGUCUGAAAAACUGGAACAGCAGUAAUAUCUAUCUCUUUAACCUCUCUAUCUCGGACUUAGCUUUUCUGUGCACCCUCCCCAUGCUGAUGAGGAGUUAUGCCAAGAAAAACUGGAUGUAUGGAGACGUGCUCUGCAUAAGCAACCGAUAUGUGCUUCAUGCCAACCUCUAUACCAGCAUUCUCUUUCUCACUUUUAUCAGCAUAGAUCGAUACUUGCUAAUUAAGUAUCCUUUCCGAGAACACCUUCUGCAAAAGAAAGAGUUUGCUAUUUUAAUCUCUUUGGCCAUUUGGGUUUUAGUAACCUUAGAGCUACUGCCCAUACUUCCCCUUAUAAAUCCUGUUAUAACUGACAAUGGCACCACCUGUAAUGAUUUUGCAAGUUCUGGUGACCCCAAGUACAACCUCAUUUACAGCAUGUGUCUAACACUGGUGGGGUUCCUUAUUCCUCUUUUUGUGAUGUGUUUCUUUUAUUAUAAGAUUGCUCUCUUCCUAAAGCAGAGGAAUAGGCAGGUUCCUACUGCUCUGACCCUUGAAAAGCCUCUCAACUUGGUCAUCAUGGCAGUGGUAAUCUUCUCUGCGCUUUUUACACCCUACCAUGUUAUGCGGAAUGUGAGGAUCGCUUCUCGCCUGGGGAGCUGGAAGCAGUAUCAAUGCACUCAGGUCGUCAUCAACUCCUUGUACAUUGUGACACGACCUUUGGCCUUCCUGAACAGCGUCAUCAACCCAGUCUUUUAUUUUCUUUUGGGAGAUCACUUCAGGGACAUGCUGAUAAAUCAACUGAGACACAACUUCAAAUCCCUUACAUCCUUUAGAGGAUGAGCUCAUGAACUCCUAUUUUCAUUCAAAUAAAAGCAAGGUGCUUAUGAAACAGACUGUUUUACAAAUGCAUCUGUAGGUUUGCUUUAACUCGCAGACAUCAAUCAGAGAGUGUCACAGAUUUAACCUUUAUCUAAAGACAAGUUGUACCCAGAGUAUGUGAAAAGAAUGGGAUGACAAGAAUGUACUAGUUUCUUCCCCUAAAAAUUGAAAGGAGUUGGACUGCCUUAGGUAUGGGCAUGUAACUCAAAAAUACUAGGUGUUAUGAGACUUUCUCAGUCAGUGCAAAAAUGGAAGAUGUAUGAGGCAACAAGUGGUCUGCACUUAAUCACUGGUCAGAUUGUAAAAA